GUACAUGAGGCGGCGCCAUCAUCAAACAUGGCUGACGAAGAAAACCCAAACAUGGAAAAUAAUAAACCUUUUGCUAGCCCAGUCGAGCCGCCCGUCGCCGGGAUUAGCCAAAGAAUAGGCAACGAGAACAAUGUCGACGGCAAAGGGGCCGCCGGCGAGCUGCGCGCCACCACGCAGUACUGCGAGGAGCUGCAGGGCUGGAUGUGGCAGUACUACACGGGAUAUGUCACCUGGCAGAGCUGGAUGGCAGCGUCAGCCAUGUCCUACCCGUGUUAUUUACAGCCAGACACCGGGACGACGACGCUUGACAUUAACUCCCAGAACUGGUAUAAUGGCCCCUUCGGUCUUCCGCUGUCGGCCUAUCAGGCUGCGGUCACCUCCCGGUCAGGUGACGCCGCGGUGGUUGCUCAGCCGCAGCAGCAGGAGAACGGAAACGCACAGAGACCAGGCCGAGAGUAUAGCAUUCCUUCACCUCUCCAAAGACUCCUGGCCGAGAUCGUGGAUUUCUUCAUACUGUUUUUCAUCAAAGCAACCAUAAUCAUCACUAUUAUGCAUCUGAGUGGAAUCAAGGAUGUCUCCAAGUUUGCCAUGCAUUUCAUAGUGGAGGAAAUAGAUGAGGACACAUCAAUGGAGGAGCUCCAGAAAAUGAUGCUUGUUGCGCUUGUGUACCGGAUAUUAGUGUGUUUUUAUGAGAUUGUGUGCAUUUGGGGAGCAGGCGGAGCCACUCCAGGGAAGUUUCUCGUUGGACUCCGAGUUGUUACAUGUGACUCAUCAGUUCUGGUUCAACCUAACAGGGUGCUGGUUGUGCCAGCAACUAAUGUCUCUCUGUCUGCAUCAACUGUCCGAGCCUUGAACAAGAACUUUUCAAUCGCCUUCUUUUUUCCGGCCUUCAUCACACUCCUGUUCUUCCAGCACAACAGGACUGUGUAUGAUAUGGUAGCUGGUACAAUUGUUGUUAAGCGCUCCAGGAUCAGAUGACGCAGAAGAACCCAGAUGAGAGUACUACUAGAAAAAUACUGAGGAAGCACUGUGUGUGUUUAUUUUUAUUUAUUUUUAAUGACUACAGAACUCCGGCAUCAGACUUUCGAGGUAUUGUCAGAAAACAGAGUAAUGUUUGGUUGCAGACAGUUUGAUACACAUCAGUAUGAACUAUUUCAGUUCCCUACAACUUGGGUUGGGUUUGUUUCCGACACGUACUGUAUUCCUGCAUGUAUUUCGACAUGUAUUUCGACAUGCUACUUUCACAAACUGUUUCUGUGCCAAAUUGAUGCCUCAUUUUUGAAGACCGGAAUGACGCUGGUGUAUGCCACCAUUUCAUUAACGUUUUGCCUCUUUUUAAAUACUAAACUUCCAGAUUAAGGAUGAAGUCCCGUAUCACUCAGUAUUGAAGUUGAUGAUCAUAUAUUCAUGAGAUUAUACCUUCAGUGUCUCUUUUUAUUAAAAUGUUGUCUUAAGAAUUGUAUACUUUUCCCUUUUGAGGGAAAGGCCUCGUGAUCAGCUUUUUCAGAUGCUGAAAUGCAAAUGCAUCAAAAGGAAAUGUGAACCUGAUCACAACUGAUCUUCCUUUUUCUUGGACAGCAUGUGUGUGUGUGACUUAAAAGUUGAUAUAUGACACAAUUUAUGUGAUUAACUUUUUUUUUUUCAUUUAAGAAGAUUAAAUGAAACCACCACUAUUCCGCUG